AUGGAGGCAUACUUUCCAGUUGUUACCAAAGUCAGACCCAAGAGCAAAGGCUCCUCCGACGGAUCCAUCCGUCCUAACCUUUCACCUGGAUGGAGUGAAGAUCCGCUCUCCAUUAAUUCCAAACGCAAAGAUCAAUCGGAAAUAAUCUCACCACAAUCUAAAGACCCUAUAACUCUUUCCUCUGUAGAUGUCACAAAGGGGUUGUUGACUACCCUGUCCGAUGUCUCAAAUCCGAUCACUCAUUCCAACAUUUAUGAAAGGACUGUGCAUAUUGUAUCGUGUUCUACUGGACAUCAAGUAUCGGAGGGUCGAAGACACCAUGUGGGAUACACGGCCAGUCGAACAAAGAAACUUCAAGCACAACGGGAUAAUGAAAAGGCGGGCACUGAGGUUGGCGUUCUCAAGAAUACCAGAAUCUACAUUGGAGGGUACCUUGAGAAUUCAACAGACAUCGAAAUGAAACGACUCAUCGUUCAAGCCGGCGGUGAGGUUGUCCACUCUGCCUCAAAUUGCACCCAUAUCGUUACUUCCCGGGGCUUAAGUGGAUCGAAGACUGACCGAAUUUUGACAAGGAAGGGAAAAAAUAAUGUGUAUGUUGUCAAGCCUGAGUGGGUUCUUGAUAGCAUCGCAAUUGGGAAGCGACGGUCCGAGCGGACCUAUGCGGUAGUGAAAGCCUCCAAUGUGUUGGAGGCUUUCAUGAAGGCUUAA